AACUGAUUUGCCGUUCGCCAACAGUCUGCCAUUUGGACUCUGGAUGAUGAGCUUUAAGCAAGCUUUAGCUCCGAUGCCUAUGUUCAAACAGGCCCCAGAAGUAAAAUGCAGAAACCCACAGGCCUGUGCCAUGAGCCCCUGAUUUUGCUCCAGCCAACUCUAUAAAGGUCCAAACAAAAAUAAAAAAUUUUCAAGUAAAGAGAAUUUUUCAACUCUCGUAGAGGGACAAUGUUGUUAUGGAGGCCCAUCUGAAUUCUUGACUAGGCCCAGACGGUUGGUUCUUUCCUCCGAUGAUCCAAUCCAGUCAGUGUGAUAUCAUAUGUGGCUACCUCUACUACCGCUAAUAAGGUUCAUACCAAUCAUCGUUCUUGGAUUCCGGUAAUAAGGUUAUUACCAAGAACGUUAAUGAAGGGAUUUUAUGAUUUCAAUUAAAAUCUAACCUAUACAUCAGUAAUUAGAGUUUUUAACUCAUUGAGUCUCAGAGAUUUGUUUUUCAUGUGCUUGGGAUGCUCAACCCUUGUUCGCGGUGAAAGAAGCUAAACCCUGUUCGAUAUAUUAUUGAACAAAGCUCUAGGAUAAAAAUAUCUACUCUGAUUUCGCAUCAAUGUCGAGUAAUUGGAGAAGAACACUGGGAAAUGUGAGGUCGUUUAUAGGGAAUUCGAUGGGAGGACUUAGAGGAGGAAGUAAUCUCGCUUCAUGGGUCGUUGCGGGAACCCUAGCCUACUUUCUCUGGGUCAAGCCUUCCCAGGACCUCAAGCGAGAACAACAAGAACGGGCAGCACUUGCAGCUGCGGAUCCUUAUCGGUACGUCGAGAAAAGAAAGCCAAUACCUGAUCCGCAGGAAACCGGAUUGAUAUACGGCAACAAGAAUAAAACAAAAAAACCAGUGGAAUAAUUCUCUUAUAAUACUAUACCUGUAAGUUAAUAUGCUAGGUUUCUUAUCAAUAUUAGAAUGUAGUGGUAAUCUGAUAUGUUUAUAACUAAAAAUAAGAAAUAAAAGGUCUUGUUCUGGAUACACUCUUUUCAGUUUUACGCUGUGAUUCUGGGCUACAUUUCUUUAAUUGUUUAUACACAUAGUGAGAGCAAUUUUGUAUCA